AUGACACCCACGUCGCCUGAAUUGACGUCCGGGUGGCCUUCGGAGUUGAGCAGCUCCGACUGCGGGUGCGAGUUCGACCUCUCGGAGGAACCGCAGCAGGAGGCGCUGGACGGCGGUGGCGCGUCCGUGGUCCACGGGCAGCUGGACGGCUGCCAAGCCCCGUCGAGCCGCGCUGGCAACAGCGGCUCGGUCACCGAGAGAGGUGAAAUCUCCGAAGUUGCGGCGGCACCCCGGCAGCACCUGACUCGAGCUCAACGCUUCGUGGCAGUCUACGUUGCGCCUAGGUGGGGCCGCAAGAUGGCCGCGCUCAGAAGGAAGUGCUCCCCGCUUUGGCUGUACACGGGUGCCGCGUGCGCCGCCAUCGUGGUGGCUGCGUCGUUCCUGCUCGCGCCUUCGGCCGCCGACCACGUGGUGGCGCCGCAAUCGGUGGCGCCGCUGCUUCGCUUGGACGGCGGCGUCCGCACGAGGCUCGGGGACGAUGAGCACGCAGCGCAGGGGCGCGGCUCGCGCCUCGGGCCCGAAGGGGUGGUCGCCAGCGCCGACGACAGCGAAAUGCAGCCGCUGGACCACGGGGAAGACUCCUACUGCCAGGCGAAGCUCGUGCAGGAGCCCGAGGAGUCAUGGAACGGGAGCGAGCUGGAGUUCCUCGCUCCGCGGCUGGUUCGCAACGGUUCGCGCGCCGUGCUCUGCUUCUACGACCGGCAUGCCCACCGGCUGCCGCCGCCAUACUCGUACUUCCCCCGACAGAUGGCGCUGCGGUACUGCACGCACGCCGUGUACCACGCGCCGUUCGCGCUGCACGACGGGCGGCUGGCAUAUCGGAACCCGGGAUUCGACAGGAGUGUGUUCUAG